AUGGCCAACUUCUCCGACCCGAACGAGCGCUCGUCCGCCUUUCCCACCUUCCUGGGCCACGACCCAUACCCAGCAACCCGCGAUGGCCGUCCGACGACCUCCUCGUCCAACGCGACUUCCGAAUUCGACAACGCUUCCAACCGAUACAGCAACAUCGCAUCCAGCACUGGCCCAGUUGGAGAGCCGGGAUUGCCUCCGUCGAGACCUCAGAGCAACGCAACCAACGAGAAUUCCUACCCACGAGCGUCUAGUCGCGCAUCGUACGCAUCUCCGCCUUCGCGCAGAGGUUUUGCCCCGUUUGCGCGGAGAGAGGGUGAUGGGAGCAGGCCGAACUCCGCUAUCAAUCCUACCCACGUCCCAAGUCUGACAGCGCAAGGCUUCUUCCGGCCCAUGAGCCCACAAAAACUACAGGCACAGAGAGGACAGACGGUGUUACCGCCAUCGAGCAGAGGUCAGCAAAGUACAGUGCUUCCACCGCAAGAGAGUUUGGAUGAAGAGCAAGAGACAGACAGUCGCAGCCAUCGAUACAGCAAUGCUUCGGUCAAUACAGCACGAGAUAGACCACAGACAGGGAAGAGUGCGCAAGCAGGACCUCCGCCAACGAGCAGAGGCAUGUCGAUAGGGACGAGCUCAGCUGGGGAUGGAAGUGCUGUGCCUGGGCCAGAAAGCGUCAUCAGCAAGAACAGCGUCACGCCGUUGAAUACACGGUUACAGCAACCUGACCAGAGCAAGCUGGGUCCAAUAAAUGGUACACCACCGCCAAAAUCGCCUCGCUCAUUCAGAGCAUCUCUUGGCAUUGGCUCGAGACAUUCAAGCAAACGCGACAUCCAUGAUCGAAAGCCUUCUGGAGCGCAUGAGAAACUCUACUCCAAUCCAUCAACGCCUGUCGUCCCCGCUCAGGAGAAGAAGCCCGGCUCUAACUCUACUCCUCACAACGAUGGCCCAUCGAAAGGCAAGAACUACGAAUACUUCGCUGGUAACAUGCUCUUCUUCCUCUCGGGACGAUGCCUCAACACCAAAGCGAAGCCACUCAAUGUCGCAACCUUUAUUCUGACCGUCCUGCCAGCUGCGCUCUUCUUCGGCUUCAGCGCACCCUGGCUGUGGCAUCACGUCUCACCGGCAAUACCAAUCGUUUUUGCCUACAUAUUCUACGUUACAGUCUCGGCCUUCCUUCACGCCGCAUUCUCAGACCCAAGCAUCCUGCCGAGGAACCUUCACCCGCACCCACCGAAUCCAGACGAAGACCGAGAUCCUCUCACAGUUGGACCGGCGACCACCGAAUGGGUCAUGGUCAAGACAUUUCCCUCUCCACGGAAGCAGGGAUCUGCGCAAUCCAAUGCAGAAAACGGCGCCGGCCAGGGUGGAACGACUGAAAUGGAAGUGCCUACUAAGUACUGCAAAUCUUGCAGCAUCUGGCGACCACCACGAGCCCAUCACUGCCGAGUGUGCGAUGCAUGCAUCGAGACCCAGGAUCAUCACUGUGUCUGGUUGAACAAUUGUGUCGGCCGUCGCAACUACCGCUACUUCUUUGCCUACGUCGGCUUCGCAUCUCUACUCGCGAUGGCGCUCAUCGCUUUCAGCUUGACGCACAUCGGAGUAUACGCGAACCAGCACGACAUCUCCUUUGGCAGUGCUUUGUCUGGUCGCACGCAAGAGCGGAUGGCCUUCGCCAUGUUCAUCUACUCUGUUCUUGCCCUUCCGUAUCCGGGGUCGCUCUUCGUCUACCAUCUCUUCCUCAUCGCAAGAGGCGAAACAACCAGAGAAUAUCUCAACUCGCACAAAUUCCUACCGAAAGACCGCCAUCGACCAUUCUCACAGCAUUCAUUUGCUUGGAACUGGUCUGCAGUACUUGGUCGUCCACGCCCGCCUUCAUACAUGUCUUUCAAGCACGCCUACGCUCCAGGUGAUGUUCGUCUGGGCCAUACCAUGCCGCGAAAGGAACGCAAAGAAGAGGCGAGACUGGAAAAUGCACGAUCGAACAGUCGAGUGGAGGGAAUGAAGAAGAGGUUUUCGGUGCAGAAGAGCGGAGAUGGUGCGACUGACAACGCCAAUGGCGUCGAGAUGCAACAGCUUUCUCCAGACAACGACAGGCCACGAGGCAACGAACUAACAGAAGCCGAACUGGAUCUCGACGUCGACAAGAACAAGAAGCUGCCGCCAAAGCCGCCCAGUGCCAUGAACAUCACGCCGCGCUGA